GACACACGAGGGGUGCGCAUCCGACACCUCGGCUGCGGACAUGAGGUGCCGCCGCUGCCGCUGCCGCCGCUACGUGCUGCUCACCCCCCUGUGCAUCGUCGCGGGCCUGUGCUUCUUCCUGUUCCUCCUGCCACUCCUGCGCACUCCGGAUGAAAGUAAAUACCAGGAAGCGCCCGCACUGGUGUUGACGUCACUGUCGGUGAUGGACACGUCGCAGAAGUACCGCGUGCGGCAGUUCGUGUCGGUGGGCGACCGCUGGCAGCAGCUGCCUACGUCAGCGGGGAACUGGACCACGUGCCUAGCGCUGCACGCCUCGCUGUCGCACGUGCACCACGUGGAGCGCCAGGCGCGUUCCUGGAGUGGGCCCCUCUCCGUCGCGCUCUUCGCCGCCGGUGACGACGUCCACCUGCUGCUGGCCUACAUCAUGUUCCUCAGGCGCUGUAGGCAACACGUGCGAAGUAGGGUGAGCUUCCACUUGCUGUGGCCUACGGAGCAUCCACCCAAUGACACCGUCGUCGCGGCUGGGGACCAGCUGGAGGAAGCAGACUGCGGAGAGAACGACGAGCAGGUGCUGCAGCGGCUGCUGUGGCGCCAGGCGCACCCUGUGGGGGAGCAGCUGUCGUACCCGCAGAACCUGGCCAGGAACACGGCGAGGCUCGCCUGCCCCACGAAGCUCACGCUCUGCCCAGACGUUGACAUGCUGCCAGGGCCCAGGAUGGACCUCGCGGCUGGGCUAGCGGACCUCUUCAGAAGAGAGCCACCGUGCAAAAAGUGCGCGUACAUCUUGCCGGUGUUCGAGCUGGACGCGAGACUGGCUGGCCCACCGAAGGACAAGUUGGAGCUGCAACAGCUGGUGGAGGACAGGCUGGCCCGUCCUUUCCACUGGGAAAUCUUCAAGGACAACCAGAAGUCCCUGGAUCCGACUCGCUGGCUGCAGCACGCUAACGCCUCUUCGACGCAGUUGUCCGUGGCCUACAGCGUCAAGUACGGAUGGGCCUUUGAGCCGGUAUAUGUGGCAGCCAGCGGAGAGCUGCCCCUGUUUGACGAGAGCUUCGUAGGGUACGGCUUUACAAGAAACACGCAAGCAUACGAGAUGUUUGCCUUCGGUUGGCGGUUCUUCGUCCUGGACCACGCGUUCCUCAUUCACUGGGGCCUCCAGUCGAUAGACAAGCGGCCCAAGUGGCGCUGGAAGGAGAACAGCAUCAACAGCGAUCGCUUCCGCAAGUGGGUGAAUCGAGUCGCUCUCAAGUACGACGUGGACGAGAUGAAGCUUACGUGGAGAUACGCCGACUACGACUCGGGUAUGACGACAUGCCCUCGGCAAAAGUGCAAAUCAGCACGACCCAAACCUACAAAGUCAACUCCGUCACCAAAGAAGCAGGAAAAACCUGCAAAGGCAACUCCGAAACCAAAGAACCAGGAAAAGCCUACAAAGUCAACUCCGUCACCAAAGAAGCAGGAAAAACCUACAAAGGGAACUCCGUCGCCAAAGAAGCAGGAAAAACCUGCAAAGGCAACUCCGACACCAAAGAAACAGGGAAAGAAGGCCUAGGCCCAACGAGAUGUGGAAUUACACAGAAAGUGUUCGUGACAGCAGACUGAAAACGUGUUAGCUAGUCUUCAAAGUGUGCAUAUUUGUUUUUUUUUAUGAUUUCUUACUGAAGUACUGUCUAUGUUUAUUGAUGACACUUAGGAACGGUUGCACGGAAACUGAAACAAGCUUCUGUUGCUUACACUGUGGAUAUGUCUUUCGUGCCUCUAUGAAGAAAAAAAAGAGUCAUGGGUUUAGCUCUGCUUUCAUCAACCAUUACUUGAGGGCUUGCCUUAUUGUUUCUAAUUGCACUUCUUUACAGAAUGCCGUAGUAUUUAUUUUUAAAUGACUUGUCACUUCUACAAGCUAGUUUUUGUCAACGUUAUCUUAGCACAUAAUAAAACUGUAAUCAAUAACAUUCCUGUAGCUUUGACAAAACUGCUGUGUUCAAUAGAUCGCAGACUUCUGUUUUAAACUGUAUGUGGAGUAUAGUAAAGUCCACGAACUGAACUGACAUGAAUACUAUUUCAUGACUCAUAUUAACUGAGCAAUGAUAUUAUGAAUAUGAUAUAACAGCGAAAAAUCUGUAAAACAUUUUAUGAGCUGUUAUUAGUGCUUAUCGUUCAAAGUAGUUAUAGGGUGUUCUAAAACGUCAUUUAUUUAUUGUAUUGUAAUUUUAAAUGUUGAUGUGUCUCAAAGAAAGUGAUAAGAUAUUUUUCUUCGUUGUUUUUAUAACGACUGAAAUACGGAUUUCUUAUCCGACUGCUGUGAUAGUAAAGACUCUCGUAAGCUUAGACGUAUGCAAGUAUGUACACUCUCUUCCAGAUAAGUGUAACCGCCAACACCAUAAGUGCACUUUUACCACUCUUCCAUGCUGGCAACCAUUUAUGUGGCGGCAGUCGCUUUCAGAGUUAGC